UAACCCGCUCCCUCUCUCCACCCUUAAAUACCCCUUUCUCCCUUCCAUCUCUUUCUGCAAAUUCACACUCCCCAACCACCUCAAAUCUCCGCCAUGGCUGUUCCCGCUUCCGUCGUCACUCCGCCGUUGGUUGAUGAAUUGGAUAUCGUCAUCCCCACCAUCAGAAACCUCGAUUUCCUUGAGAUGUGGAGACCAUUCUUCCAGCCUUACCAUCUGAUCAUCGUUCAAGAUGGAGAUCCAACCAAAACCAUCCGAGUACCUGAAGGAUUCGAUUAUGAACUCUAUAACCGUAACGAUAUCAAUCGGAUCCUCGGUCCUAAAUCCAGUUGCAUUUCCUUCAAGGAUUCCGCUUGUCGAUGCUUCGGAUUCCUUGUCUCCAAGAAGAAAUACAUCUUCACCAUUGACGACGACUGCUUUGUUGCUAAGGAUCCAAGUGGGCAAGAGAUCAAUGCAUUGGCACAACACAUCCACAACUUGUUGACACCAUCAACACCCUUCUUCUUCAACACAUUGUAUGAUCCAUAUAGGGAAGGUGCUGACUUUGUGAGGGGUUAUCCCUUCAGUUUAAGGGAAGGUGCCACCACAGCCAUCUCUCAUGGCCUUUGGCUCAACAUCCCCGAUUAUGACGCCCCUACUCAGCUCGUCAAGCCUCGUGAGCGCAACACCAGGUAUGUGGAUGCUGUCUUGACUAUCCCAAAAGGGACGCUUUUCCCUAUGUGCGGGAUGAACCUUGGCUUCCACAGGGAGCUUAUUGGACCAGCCAUGUAUUUUGGGCUCAUGGGAGACGGUCAGCCUAUUGGUCGAUAUGAUGACAUGUGGGCUGGUUGGUGCACUAAGGUGAUAUGUGACCAUUUGGGGCUAGGGGUGAAAACAGGGCUACCAUACAUUUGGCACAGCAAAGCAAGCAACCCAUUUGUCAAUUUAAAGAAAGAGUACAAAGGCAUCUACUGGCAAGAAGAUAUAAUUCCAUUCUUUCAAUCUGUCGUUCUCCCGAAAGAAUGCACGACUCCACAGAAAUGCUACAUCGAGCUCUCGAAGCUCGUGAAACAGAAGCUCGGCCCAAUCGAUCCUUACUUCGAGAAGCUUGGUGAUGCCAUGGUCACUUGGAUCGAUGCUUGGGAUGAGCUUAACCCGUCAGCCGAUGCUGCACCGGCCGUCAAGAUCGAGUCAGCUCCUAAAGCCAAGUAGAAACGCACACGGGGUGGUGUUUGUUCGACUUAGCUCGCUACUUUUAUGUUUUAUCUCGUUGAAAUAACGUUUCUUUUGGGACUUUCCGUUGUUGCCGGCUUUGAUUAGUAUCUUCAGUAUAUUGCAGAGUUAUAACUUAUAUUUCUAGCCAUGGAUCUGUGAUUUUAUUGGUAUCUGAUACUUUUUUCAGCUCAA